AUUCAGUUACAGAAAAUAGCAGAGAGAGAGAGAGAGAGAUAGAGAGAGAGAGAGAGUGAGUUAUAGUGAGAGAGAAAGAAGGAUGUCAGGGAGAGAGAAAGAAGAGUGGGUGUAUGUGGAGCAACGCAAGGGCGUCAAUGGCCUCGACAUGGUCAUUCUCAGAGAGCCUCGCGGCUGUUCCGUUGAGGUGUAUUUGUAUGGUGCUCAAGUUACUUCUUGGAAGAAUGAACGUAGAGAAGAAUUACUUUUUGUUAGCAAUAAGGCUGUUUUCAAGCCUCCAAAGGCAAUCCGUGGAGGUAUCCCAAUAUGCUUUCCCCAAGUAGGAACUCAUGGUAAUCUGGAACAGCAUGGGUUCGCAAGGAACCGGCUUUGGAGUAUAGAUCCUGAUCCUCCACAAAUGGCAACAAGUAGCUCUAACAAAGCUUUUGUUGAUUUACUUCUUAAGCCCUCUGAAGAAGAUUCAAAGAUCUGGCCUCACAGAUAUGAAUUUCGUCUAAGGGUGGCUCUGGGAGCUGGCGGUGAAUUGAUGUUGACUUCCCGAAUUCGGAAUACAAAUACUGAUGGAAAGCCAUUUACAUUCACAUUUGCUUAUCACACCUAUUUUGCUGUUACUGACAUCAGUGAAGUGCGGGUAGAAGGAUUAGAGACACUGGAUUAUCUGGAUAACCUGAAAGACAAACAGAGAUUUACUGAACAAGGAGAUGCUAUUACAUUUGAAUCUGAAGUGGAUAAAGUAUAUCUCAGUACACCUACAAAAAUUGCUGUUCUGGACCAUGAAAGAAAGAGAACAUUUGAAUUGCGGAAAGAUGGACUUCCAGAUGCUGUUGUGUGGAAUCCAUGGGAUAAGAAGGCAAAGGCAAUACCUGAUUUUGGGCAUGAUGAGUACAAGAGAAUGCUGUGUGUGGAGGCAGCUUGUGUGGAAAAGCCUAUUACUCUGAGACCUGGUGAAGAAUGGAAAGGUAGGCAGGAACUGUCUGCUGUUCCCUCCAGUUACUGCAGUGGACAACUUGAUCCAUCUAAAGUACUCGUUGGUGGUUAAAAGAUAUAUGACCUCAGCUAGCUAUUCUGCUUCAUCCCGUGUACAUACAGUACUAUAAAGUUUUUCUUUCUUUCUUGGCUAAUACAUUGGUAUUGUUUGGUUUAGCCUGACAUUUUGUAAAUUUGUAGAGAUUCGUACCUCCCAAAAAGAAAAAAAAAAAAAAAAAAAAAACAGAAAAAGGGAAGAAAACAUACACAUCUUUAGGCUCUUCUAUUUCUGACCUUAAAAAGAAAGAAGGAAAAGAAAGUUACCUUCUGGAUGGGUUUUCCCUUGACAAUUUUCAUGACUAAAAUUGUCUAAAGCCUUCUUAGUGAAUGGUGUUUGUA